AUGGCGCUGGGCUCCCGCCAAGGUUGCCGCUGGUGCGGCCGUGCCGCCCUGGGACAGCCGAGGCGGCGGCGAGUCCCGGAGCGGGCGCAGCCGCCCGGGUGCUCGGCGCGGCCGUACUCGGAGGGCGGCGGUGCUGCCGAGGCGGCGGGCGGGGCGGAGCUGCUGGAGGUGUGCUGGCGGCGGCGCUUCCUACGGGGCGGCGCGGGGCCGCUGCCCUGGAGCGCCUACCUGAGCGGCCGCCACCCCGGCUUCGGGCCGCUGGGCGCGGCGCUGCGCGCCAACCUGGCGGCGCAGUGGUGGGACUCGGCGCUGCCCGUGCGGGAGCAGGUGUUCCCCGUGGAUGCCGCGCUCCACGGCCCGGCCGGCGCUCCGCUGGACGCGCAGGGGCUGCGGCUGCUGCACCCGGAGACGCUGCGGGAAGCCCUCCAGGGCUGUGGGCAGAACCCUGGCCGCCCGGCCCUGGAAGAAGUGCUGGGGGCCGCGGGGGUGCUGCGGGAGAGCCUCCUGCCCGGUGUUCUGGCACAGUAUGUCAGCUGCUUAGAGCUGGUGAACAGAAGACUGCCCUGUGGCCUUGCUCAGAUUGGAGUGUGCUUUCAUUCUGUUCCAGAAAGUGAACAUUCUAUUCCAGGAAAUGACCAACACAACAAAAACUGUACAAGAAUAGGCGAGAGGACCACGUCUUUGCUUGCAUGGUUUAGUUCUCCCAGAACUGCAGGACAGUGGCUCGAUUACUGGCUACGCCAGAGGCUCCAGUGGUGGAGAAAGUUUGCUGUAGGCCCGUCUAACUUCAGCAGCAGUGACUUUCAGGAUGAAGAAGGCAGAAGAGGAUUUAAGUUACAUUACAGCUUUCCUUGGGGGACAGAAACAAUAGAAACACUGAAGAACCUUGGUGAUACUGAACUGUUGCAGAUGUAUCCAGGAGAGAGAUCGAAAUUACUUGGCCGAGAUGGAAGGAAGAAUGUCAUCCCUCAUGUUCUGUCUGUGAAUGGGAAUCUGGACCGAGGAGUGUUAGCAUAUCUCUUUGAUUCUCUACAGCUGGCUGAGAAUCCAUUAACAGCAAAGAAAAAUUCACAGAGAAAGGUACUUAAGCUUCAUCCUUGCUUAGCACCCCUUAAAGUAGCCUUGGAUGUAGGAAAAGGUCCAACAACAGAGCUGAGGCAGGUUUGUCAAGGAUUGUUCAAUGAGCUGACAGAAAAUGGAAUUUCUGUAUGGCCAGGUUAUCUGGAAACUGUGCACAUGUCUCUGGAACAUCUUUAUACAAAGUACGAUGAAAUGAGUAUUCCAUUCAUGGUCUUGAUAAGUGAUGGCACUCUGGAGAACGGAGUGGUCCAGCUGAGAAGCAGAGAUACCACCAUGAAGGAAAUGAUGCACAUUUCCAGGCUGAAGGACUUCUUAACUAAAUAUGUUACAUCAGCCAAAAAUGUGUAAAACUUGCUGAAUAAAAGGAUUUUCUUUGACAUCUUUGCCUGAACUGCUUUCAGCGUUGUCAUGGACUCCGUGGUUUCUCUGCAAACAGUUCUGCUCAAACUUGGUGGUGCAUCUGUUUUCUGUCAAAUCUGGCUCUUCCAGGUUACCUUGGAAAAAGGGAAGAGAAAAACUUGUCCUUUGUUAGCAAGGCUAACCAUAUUCUUGUUCAUGUCCUUGGUUUUAAUAUCAUACUGAAAGUGCUCCAUCCUAAGCUAAAAAUUCAGCUUUCCUCUGUGUUGCUGACACAAUUAUGAUCUCUGCUGGAAAAUGGUAUUUUAUAUAAAAGACUUCAAAAUCUUAAAUAUUUUAGUAACAUCAGUAUUUUUGUACUGUUUGUAGGAAUGUGUUUUAGUCACAUGGCUUCAGUUCUUUAACAUGUAAGCUACUUCAUUUUGCACAUGAGAAACAUAAAAAAAAACAGAAAAAUGUUACCAAGAGCAACAGAGGAACAGAUUUAAAUAAAUUAUAAACGUUUUUUAAUGAACAUUUUUUGUGGGCAAAAUAUCUGUGUGUAUAAAAUGGUGGAAAAAGACUAAUGUGUGAUCAUAUUUUUCCUAUACCUAAGCACAGUGGUUAAAUCAGAUACAAGAGUUUGCAGAGAUACAAAGCUGCAUAUUUCUGAUCUUGUCUAGAUUUCCAGUGCCUGUUCAGCUUGCUCAGUCCCUGUAAAAGGUGCUGAAGGUUUGUGCAGCAAGGCCCCUGGCCUCUGAUAGUCAUCAGUGUCAUGAAACACAAGAACUUGCCUUAAAAUCUUCUACUAACAUGGUGCUCACUUAACUAUAAAUGAAUUAUUUGUAACAGCAAUAAUAAUUGCAGUACAGAGUAUUUAUGCUAGAUAUAAUCAAGGUUAACAUAAUGUGACUUCAUAACUGAACUCAUGGAAUUCUAAAUAAGCUGGCUAUGAAAUGGUAUUAAAACAAUCCAGCAACAUCUUAGAAACAGCCUGUAGCAGGAUACAGAAUUUAUUUUCAAGUCAGGUGUCUAAAAAUUAAUUUUAGCAACCUCUCCCUACCCUGAGAACUGAAGUACUGUUGAACUGAGAAUUGCCAUCCGUGCAGGUACAUAGAGGCCAAAUACAGAUCCUCUAGUACCUAA